UACUCUUCUCUCUCCCUCUUCAAGCAAGCCAUAACUGCAGAUCCUUGGCCUUUUUCCAUCCUCUUCUUCUAAAUUUUAAUUUCUGUAGUCAUCGAUCCUUGAUUAUAAUGGGUAGUGGAGAGAAAAAUCUAAGGAACUUUCACUUACACUUGCCUCAUCUUCACCAUGGGAAUAACAAGAAGCAAGCGAGAGACGUGCCGAAAGGCUGUUUGGCAAUCAAGGUGGGUCAGGGAGAGGAGCAGCAGAGAUUUGUGGUGCCUGUGAUGUACUUCAAUCACCCACUGUUCUUGCAAUUACUGAAGGAAGCUGAAGAAGAAUAUGGGUUUGAUCAGAAGGGUACGAUCACCAUCCCUUGCCACGUAGAGGAGUUUAGGUACGUUCAGGGCAUGAUUGAUAAGGAAAGGUCCCUUCAUCACCACCAUCACGUUGGGUGUUUCAGGGUUUGAAUUUGACUCCAUAUCGUCGAAGAUUGUGAGGGUUGCGGUGCCAAACAGGCCUGUACCUCGCGAAAGAAACAGGUUUUUUGAUGGAUCAAAUCUCUUCAUUUUUUUUGGGGGGGAUGUGUAAAUUUGGGGUCCGUUUAGGGUUUUGUUUAUGUUUCUUAUUAGAGCUUGAUGGUUGGCCUCUGGGAGUCGAUCACCCAUGUCUGAUGAUGAAGACAAAAAAUUACCUUGCAAUUGUAUUUGAUAUUUGUUAUUUUGUUAGGAAACGUUAUGGAAAAAGCUAUUCUCUUCUUUUUUUU